UGCUGGUGUCAGAGCGGGGAAGUACGGCAGCAGUGCGACUGUUUGGCUCCUCGGCGUCGGCUCCACACUCCCCCUCUCUGUUCUCUCGCUCUGAAGCUGCCCCCUCCCUGACCCUUCUGACCAGGCAGAUUUCCUCCAGGUUCCGCAUUUCAGGCUUAAUCGGGCAGUUUAUGGCAGCCGGGUUCCUGGGAAGCUGAACUGAACAGGAGACCUAGAAGGCAUUGUGGAAGGUGGGGCCACCGGGGGCUCCAGGUGGACCCAGAGAGCUGACAGGAGCUGUGUGCCGAUUUGGGCUUCAGGAUGGGGGCCGGCGUGGGCUGUCUCUGCUGAGUCCAGGACCCCGAACGUCUAGCUGUUGGCUCUGGGUGUUGCCGCUGGACGCCAUUCAGCUGCCUAUAAAGUACCCAGAAUCCUCUCCUUCUCAUCUGCACCACCAAUGUCCCCCAGCGACUAUGCAUCGCUUUAUCGGCUAAUGUCACGUCUUCCUUGAUGCAGAAGCAGGGGUGGCCUUUACAGGGGCCUGGAGAGGAUGCAGAGCUCAACGCCCCACCCAGUGACUAACCUGACCACGCUUGCCCAAAACACCACCACCAAGUCGCACGGGCAGAUCCUGAUGCAGAGUUCUGGGGCCAUGAUAGCUGUCAUAGUCAUUGGGAUCGUCAUCAUUCUCACCAUACUGCUGAUAAUUCUGAAGACCUACAACAGGAGGACGCAGGCGACCCGCAUGCUCCGAGGCUCCAGGCCACCCAAGAAGUCGUCCACGGUGCACACCAAUAUGCAGCUACACAGCCUGUCCGCCAGCCCUGCGAUAGGCGGCUCGGCACAGUUGCAGACCAGCGCAGAAAACGGCUUCCGUCUGCCCAGAGCUGAAUGGAGCAGCAUGGGUGGGGCAGGCGCCGAGUGGGACAGCACAACCAGCGGCUCCACGGUGGCCGCUGUGCAUGACGCCCCACCGCUGGAGAACACGUAGCCAAGGGCAGCACUUGGGACCUCGGACAAAAAGGAUGCUGGGAUAGGCUGGGGGAAGAAGCAGAGGAGACUUCAGUCAAACUUGUCACAUUCGGCUGGGAGGGCGAUCGGCGGUAGGACGUGAUGGCAGUGAGGCAGUGAGGUGCUGCAGUCUGGGUCUGUCAGACAGAGGCUCAUCCUGAGCCUGAGACGGAGCCAGCAGAAGUGCCUCCCGGCCUGUUCCUCAUCCUCUUACAUUAUGUUUAUCGGAGACUCACCCAAUUACUGUGUGUUGUAGUCAGAUAGUGCAUUACGCUGAACUGUUGUACGUAACAGCUCUUAGUAAGCAGUUUGACUUGUUCGUUCGGGUCUGUGAAAUUGGCAUGUAGUGUAUGGAUAGUCUGUGCGGUGUCUUCAUGUGUAUCUCCGUCCGGUGACGCCUCUGCUGUGAUGUCAGCGAUGAAUUGGCUUAAGAAUGUGGAAAAUGUUUGUAGAUGCUGGUACUGCUGUCAAACACAAAGCGGACAUCACCACCACCAUCAGUACGUAGUAUGAAAGACUGUUGUUGUGAACACAAGAUCAACACAAUGAUAGUGUCGUCAUGCUCUCAGAAGGUCUGAACAAUGCAUUCCAGAAAUGCUACCCAUUCAGCCGCCAUUGAGUAGUAAAUUUAUGGCUCUUUCCCACUGCCACCAAGGACUGUCUCUUUGUGGAACAGCUCAGUUUACCACUGCAAAUUAUGCAAGCUGUACCUACGCUGACAUGUCUGCCGUCUGAUGGAUCAAAAUGCAUGGUGAUAUGAGUGUUCUGCGUUGAUAUGCCUGGAUUAUCUGAGAGAAAAAAAUGCGUAUUCUGUAUAUUUAUUUAUUAGUAGUAUUAUCGCACCUCCUUCUUUAAAAAAUACUGAAGAAUGGCUGAACGGAAUGGCUUGGUAAGGUAUAUUUAUGCAAGCUAAUGCUAUUUCCACUAGUGUUUGAUGGUAACAUAAGAUGGCGAUUCUCACAGACGUGCUAGCAGAAAUUAGCACAUAGUGAAUCAUGAUACACUCUGUGUGAACAGUAAAUAAGCGUCUCUUCGGUUUUACGUCACUGUCGCUCUCCAAACUCGGCAACGCCUUUACCGGGCCGACCCUUCUGCAGUGGAAGCGAGCUGGACCCACACUGUAACUGGUGCCUCUUUGCUGUACGAGUCGUGUACAGCUCAGUUCCUGUAUGCCAGGCGAAAAGUGCCAAUAGUCUUUCUUUUGGGAUUCAUGUUACAAUUUGCUUCGCAUGGUUUUACCUACUUAGUUCGAUGACAUGACGUUUGGUUCUCCGUUUCAUGAAACUGGUCUUAAUGUCACUGAUUGGCCCAUAAAAAUGUCAAUAGUAGGCCAGCUGGUGACCCAAAUAAAUGUGCAACUUUUGCAUGAAAA